AUGGCUGAACUUGCAAUUCCUUUAUCAUUGUUGGUGGCCGAGAAGGCGAUGAGCUUGUGCUACCAAAGAAACGCGUCCAAGGACCCAAGUAAUAAUAUCCAUGAUGAUGUUGAAAGAGCCUGGAAAUGUCUAAGGAGGAUGCAAGCCUAUCUAGGGGACUCGGAAGAGAUUGAUGAAGGCAGCCUAAUGCUUCAAAAUCGUGUCGCAGAGGUCCAAAGUCUGGCUUAUGAAAUAGAGGAUGCCCUUGACAAGUUCAUAUCUCAGAUUCCACAUCAUUUCCACAGCAACAUAUUCUCUCAGAAGCUGCACGACGUUGCGCACUAUCGCGAAGAAAAGAGAGCAAGAGUUGAGUUAUCCACCAAGAUUAAAGACAUUGAAAAGAAAAUUAGUUCCUUCUCAACUUUGGAUUCACUUCUUGAGCCACCAAGUAGUUCCAGCACAAGGAAGAGGGAUAGUUUGAUCCACCAAGUUCUUGAGGAAGAUGAAAUAGUAGGCCUUGAGGAGCCUAAAGAAAGACUCUCCAAACAGUUGAUGGAAGAAGAUUCAAGGCUCAAGACUAUUUUGGUUGUAGGUCCUGGCGGCUCCGGCAAAACCACAGUUGUGAAGAAUGUUUUUGACAGCACAAUGGUCCAACGGUUUUUUGAUUGCCAUGCUUGGAUCGACUUGUCACGGCCUCCUAAAGCAGAAGAUCAGAAAGCUGAACUGAUGCAUCUGAAGGAAAAGAGAUUUUUGGUUGUUUUGGAUAAUGUUUGGACAGCACAAGAUCUGGAACUCAUUACAAAUGCUUUGCCAAGAGGAUUGCCUGGGAGUAAAGUAAUCAUAACUACUCGCAACUCUGAUGUAGCUUCUUCUCGUGUUGAGUCCUCCGAGUAUAUCCAUGAUUUGAGUAGCGGGUUAUCAUGGAAAAAAGGCUGGUCUCUACUUUGCAAGAAGGCUUUUAGAAAAACUGCAGGAUAUUGUCCACCUGAACUUGAAGAGUGGGCUAAAAAGAUCCUGAAAAGGUGUGAAGGUCUGCCCCUUGCAAUUUCAGCUGUUGCUACUUUGCUGGCAAAGAAGCCACAAACUCCAGUUGAGUGGAAGAAGUUACAUGAAAGCCUUGGGUCUGAAAUUAGACCUGACUCUAGUCUUUCGAUUAUUAGCCGUGUCUUGCAGCCAAGUUACAUGCAUCUUCCGAGCCAUCUGAAGAUUUGUUUUUUGUACUUCGGCAUGUUUCCUGAAGACUAUUCAAUCAGCCGUGACAGGCUGAUUCGGUUGUGGUUAGCCGAAGGAUUUGUGGUGCCAGGAAGAGGACAAACAAUGGAGGAGGCUGCAGAGAGUUAUCUGAAUGAACUCAUUGGAAGAAAUUUGGUACAUGCUCCCACAAGGGAGAUUAAUGGUCGAGUAAGGAGCUGUCGUGUUUUGAACCUUGUUCGAGAGUUCAUCAUUUCAAAAGCAGAGAACUUCAUCACGGUUUUGGAUCCAAACUGCCCUAUUUCUACUCGUUCAAGUGAGAAAAUUCGACGUCUUUCAAUUCAAAAUGUCAAUAUCAAUUUAUUAAGGGGUAGAGACUUUAGUCAUGUUCGUACCUUACUAGUGUUUGGAGAGGAGUGUUCCCCUUCUGAGCUUGACAAUGUGUUUAAGAACUCUAAGUUUUUAAGGGUGUUAGAUUUUCUAGGUGUACCUUUGAAGAACUUUCCUGACUGUGUUAUUGGUCUCCCCCUCUUGAGGUACUUAUGUCUGAGCCAAACUGAUAUUAAAUCAGUUCCAAAGUUCAUUGGCAAUCUUUCAUUCUUGCAAACCUUAGAUCUUAAGGGCACACAGGUGACCAACUUACCAAAACAGAUUUAUGCGCUCCAGGAUAUGCGUCAUCUUUUAGUUUAUAGUUGUGAUGUGACUUCUGGAGUGGCACAAGGAGUUCAGAUUUCUGCAGGCAAUAUUGGAGCUUUAUCUUCCCUACAGAAGUUAUUUCUAAUUAAGGUGAAAAAACAAAGAAAAGUAGUCCUUAAAGCCUUGGGAGAGUUAAUUGCUCUCCGUAAGUUGGGGCUGGUAGACCUUGAAAGAGAACAUGGAAGAGAAUUGUGUUGUUCCAUUCAAAAAAUGCUAGAGCUUUCAACACUUGAUGUACGAUCAACAAGCGAAGAUGAGUAUCUUGAUUUGGAUCAACUGAACUUCCCUCCCGGGCCUCCCCGCUAUCUCCAACGUCUCUGUUUGACAGGGCGCCUAGAAAGUCUACCACAGUGGAUUCCCCAGCUUCACAGUCUAGCUCGGAUUGCUUUGAAGUGGUCUAAACUGAAUGCUGAUGUCAACUCACUAGAGGCGCUCCAAGAUUUGCCUAAUCUGGUAGAGCUAGAGUUGGUGGGCUAUUACACUGGGGAUUCAAUGAAGUUCAAAGCCAAAAAGUUCACGAAACUAAAGGUAUUACGUAUUGAGCAACUUGAUCAGCUAGAUAUGGUGGUAGUCGAGGAUGGAGCAAUGCCCGAGCUUAAGAAGUUAACAUUGUCUAGAUGUCAGAAUCUGAAGUUACUUCCAUAUGGCAUUGAUAGGCUUAUCUUGCUUGAAGAAUUGAUUCUGUAUGACAUGCCCGAAGAAUUCAUUGCUAGGCUUCAGAAGGAUAGCGAAGACCGUUACUUGGUUGAGAAUCUUCGAGUCAUCAAAUCUUUCUAUUCUGGGAGCACUGGAUGCCAAAAUCUUUCUUGA